CGUGCGCAACAUUAAAAGAAACUCCAUAAAAUGCAGCUAGGACAAAAAAAAAAAAAAAAAUCAAAAGAGAAACGGAUCUUAUGAUUACAAAACGUUAACAGGAAAACAAACUUGAAUACUUACAAAGCUUGAAGGAAGCACAUUGCACAGGACACCAUCCACGCCAGACAGUCUCAUUAAUUCUACACAAGCAACAACCAAAGCACCCCUUCAGUAACCAAAGAGAGACAACACGGAGCGCCAAACACGUGGAGCUCAGGAAGACUUGAGCACCUUUUUUGUCUUCCCGCCGCGACUCCGGAACUGAAGGAACCAACACUCAACACCUUCCAACUUGAACACCACACACAGAAACCUAACCUAACUUAUUCUUAGAUGACCCAACCUAAACUUACCUUAUGGAAACUAAUCUAAACUAACCACACACAGAAAAUGGAGAAGAAACCAUAGCUCAUUUUCUACUCAUCGCGAAAUAUAUGGAACAAAAAAAAAAAAUUCUAUUCUUUUUAUUUGCAGUAUCAGAGUUAGCCUUUCACGUUUAUUUCUCAUCCUCCAUUUUCUGCUUUUCUUCUUGUUCUCCUUCCUUUAAUUUUGUAGUAAGCAAGGGAUGGUGUUACGACACAUCUUAUAAAACGAUUCUUGCUCUCAGUAUAUUUAACCAAAACGGGAUACAUUGAGCGGACAACACACUUCAUAUAUACAAAACAAUAAAUCGACUAUGAUCAUUGCUGGUGACAAUAAUGACUUAACAUAUAAGCAUACUUUCUCCUCAGCUGAGAAUGAUCCACCUCUUGCUCUUCCUGCUUGUCACUGAUGCACGAAAUAACAUCACAGCUCGUAUUAUUUCCUUGGCUAUGUAAGCGCGGGACUAAACUUGACCACCUGCGAACAGUGACAAGACUGUUAUUUUACUUGACCCCAAAAAUAUGCGUCAGUUAUGUUGUGUGAAUGGGAAUUUGUGGUGAGGUUUUCUACGGCUAUAAAUGACCAUCAGACCGUGGUGGCGUGAAGAUGUUAGUGGAAUAUUAGUAGUGCACACGUCAUCAUGUAUAGACAGAGACAGAUAAUGGAGAUAACCGACUGAUAAAAAGGAAUACUUAGAGAAAUGAAAAUACUAAGGCAUAUAGAUAUAUUACAUCUAUGCUUUUGAAGGGAGUGUUCAUGACUUCAGUGUUGGUUUGGAUACGAUUCAUUAUCAUUAAUGAAAAAAUGCAUCUCUGUCUGCAAUGAAAAGAAUAAACCUUAAUUUUGUAUCUUGCUUAAUUCUUGUAUCUGAUUGGCUUAAGAGCUUAUCACAUCUAGAAUAAAGGCCUCUGAUUGGUGGGCCUGGAGGGUGCCGCAGCGCUUUAGCUCCAAGCUGCUGGGAGCUCCAAGGAGGAGCCACACAAGUAUCCUUAAUAUCACCUAGACGUACCUCAGGACGAACAGUAAGUUCAGGGUAAAUUUGUGCCAAGUCUUAGAUUGCCUACUGAAGACUGGUGCACAGCUGUACACUACGAGACUUAAAAAGAGAAAGAAAACAACAAUCAACGGACGCAUACGAGACCCUCGCCGAGAAGGAGAACACGAAGAACAAGAGAGACACCAAGGAAAACACAAUGAAGAGGAAGUUGGACAGCCUCGAAGACUGCAGCAACCACAAGAAGAGAAAGGACACUGAAGGCUUUAAAGACAAUCAUCGCGUCAAAAGAAUGACAAGAGGAGACAAAAGCCGCGAGAAGAAAUCGGAUCGUGACCAAGAGAUUAAGAAACUCAACACAAAGAGAAAAGAGGAAAGCAUGGAAGACAAUGAGAACCAUAAGAGGAGGAAGGUGGAUGGCGUUAAAAUGGAUACAGAACACAAAAAGCAGAAGAACGGGAAUGACAGAGAAGAAAAAAAGAGGAUGAGGAUGGACUGUUUUAAUCCCAUUAUGGACCGCAUCAAGAAGAGGAAGCAAAAGGACACGGAAGAAGACAAGAACCAGAACAAGAAGAGGAAGACGCAGGAUACUGAAGAACACGGAAACCAAGACAACAAGAGGAAGACCACAGAAGACCUCGAGAAGCAGGUAAAGAAGAGCAAGUGUGAGAACAGUAAAGAACAAAAGAAGCCAGAGAACAUGGAGUGCUGUAAACGCCUUAUGAACAGCAUCAAGAAAUGCAAGAGACAGGUUGCGGAAGGGCACGACAGCCAUACCAAAAAGCGGAAGAAGGAAGACACUGAAGACCACGAGAGUCAGGCAAAGAAGCGGAACAGGCAGGACACAGAGGAACAAGAUAGCCAGGCCAAGAAGCGGAAGAGGGAGGAUGCUGAAGACCACGAGGGCCAGGCAAAGAAGCUUAACAGGCAGGACGCGGAGGAACAAGACAGCCAGGCCAAGAAGCGGAAGAGGGAGGAUGCUGAAGACCACGAGGGCCAGGCAAAGAAGCGGAACAGGCAGGACACAGACGGGCCGGCCAAGCAGAGAAAAGGGGACAAGAAAGUGCCAAAAAAGAAGAGGCGGCUGGAGUGUUGUCAUCGUAUCCUUCACUGCCUCAGGAAGAGAUGGCGAGACAGCGAGGACGUGCUGAGACUCAAGCUGGAGGCCGAAAGAGUCAAGGAGAAGAGGAGUGUGAGCGGGUACCGCCGUGUUCACAUGGAGGAAGGAAACAUGGUGGAUGCGACCGUGCGCGGCCACCCGUGCCUUGUCUUGUUUGACACCGGCUCCUCAGUCAGCACCUUGGUCUUGUCACUGGGCCAGAGGCUCGGCAUCGUCACGGGCCGCGAGGAGACGGUAAAGAUACGCAUCAAUACCUGGAUUGGCGUGCUGCAGUUGGACGUGAUAAAGCUGGACGAGGUGGUGGUGGUACUGAAGGGCGGCGUGGUGGUCAACACGCCCUUAGUGGUGUUUCCACAGGAGAUGGAGAUGUGCUACAGCGCCGAACGAAUAGUGAUGUCUAUGAGCCGCCUGCAGGAGGCCGAAAUGCGACAGGAGUUCCACCUCAACGGCAGCAGCAGUCUGUUCCUGCGUCACCCUGAACGUUUGUGGCAGAGAUACGAGACGCGGCGCAAGGGCAAAGUCUUCACGUUUGCCGCACGAACACCAGGCAUCGAAGAGCCACUGACGGUGCUGGUGGACACAGGCACCGAUAUACCGUUCUGUAUCACCAAGACCGGCCUGGACAAGGUGCGGCGCAGGACAGACAGGUGGACUCUGCCGCCAGGACGAGUGCGGCUGCAGUUUGACAGCGGCACAGACAUACUGCGGGAUAUAAAAAACACCCAGGCGCGUCCCUUUUUUCACUUCGUGCUUGGACGACCGCUGCUCUAUCAAUUACACGCAGUCAUCGAUUACGUUGAUUCGUCCAUAACUUUGAGUCUCAAAAGAAAACAAUUCCGGCUGAACCUCCUCUCCCGCUGAGCGCGCCGUGUUCCGGCGUCUUCUCAGCACCUGCGCGGAUUUUUUUUUUUCUUUUUUUUGUCGUGCAUUAAGGAGAUGAGCAGAGGGAAGAUUUAAAUUAAUAAAAACACCGCUUAAAUACACUUUCCCACCGAAAAAAAGUGAAUAUAGUGAAGAAAAUUGUCUGCAUUAAGGAUACUAGAUUAAUGAAAUUAUGAUUACCGAUUGUACAUUAAGCAAACACUCUCGUUUAAGGAAAUAAUGUGGAUACGAAAAUUAAGAUUAAGGAUUGUAGGGUAAGGAAACUGUCAGGAAUAAGGAAAUAGUCUGAAUUAAGGAAAUUAACAAUGAGGAUUGUAGAUUAAGGAAACAGU